GCGCUAGUACUUUUUGCCACACUUGACACAUCGUUCAAUAAAAACAAAUCAACUUCACCUCCGGAUAAUAAGCAAGAUUAUUUCAAACUAACAAAUAUUUAACGCCGAGUAACUGUAAUUCAGAUAUAUAUAAACAAAAUUCGAAACGAAUUGUAGAAAUUACAAGCCAAAAAUCAAUAAGGAGCCUUUAAAAUGACACGCGGAAACCAACGCGACCUGGCCCGCCAGAAAAACCAGAAGAAGCAGGCCGAUUUGACCAAGGGCAAGCGAACCGAUAACCUCACUGUGGAGCAGAGGAAGGCUAGGGACGCCGAGUUAAUGCGAGAAAAGCAGAAAAAGAAGGAGGAAGCCGCUGCCGCCGGUACGAGCAAAUAGUUAACCCUUUGGCUUUGCAGAUAUAUCCGGAUUCCGGAUGCAUAUCCAGACAAGUUAGGCAUAUAGUCAGUCAGUCGUUCGUCAGCCAAGACCCCGAUGCGCCCCAGGACCUAGGAUAGUCGACCACGUGAUUAAACUGUACAUAAAGCAA